AUGUCCGAACGUCGGCCAAACCGCGGCGCCAGCCAGCCGGGCAGCGGAGCGAUACUAACCCCGCCCCCUCCGCCCCGCCCGCCGGCCAAUCAGCGACAGCAGAGCCCCGCCAUGGCCGCGUCCCUCACCGAGCGUGCUGACGCCUCAGCGGAAGCCGCUCCACCGGGCGGAAGCGGGGGGUUGUGGCUGUCCAUGGCGGAGGGCGGCGCGGAGCCCGGGGAUGACGCACCCGGCCCCGGUCCCGGUCUCGCCCUGGUCGAGGGUAGCGCCGGCCGUGCCGGCCGCGUCGGUGACCCCGGGGACCUAGUGGCCCUGGCCCAGCAGGUGCAGCAGGCCAAUGACUUUGUUCGAGCAAAUGCCUGCAGCAAACUGACAGUCAUCGCUGAGCAAAUCCGGCACCUGCAGGAGCAGGCGCGGAAGGUCUUAGAUGAAGCUAACAGGGAUGCUGAUCUGAACCACGUGGCCUGCAACCUUGUGAAGAAGCCAGGAAAUGUUUACUACAUGUACAGGCGGGAGAGUGGGCAGCGGUAUUUCUCCAUCCUGUCUCCUAAGGAAUGGGGUACCACUCCCCAUGAAUUUAUUGGUGCCUAUAAGCUCCAGCAUGACAUGUCCUGGACUCCGUUUGAGGACAUAGAGAGACGAGAUGCUGAAAUAACUGUCCUGGAGAAGCUCCUGAGCCAGCAGGCAGCACUGCCCCUGUGCAUGGAGCCCAACUUCCAGGGCCUGACCAAGUCACACAAGUGACCACACAGGACCCCCUGAGCAGAGUCCCUGAGCAAGGAGACACAGUGCCUGUACCCUGACAAAGGCAGGGUGGAAAGAGACCAAGAAACAAAAAUGCUGAUUUCUUUUGUGCUUUAAGAAGACUAAUUCUGCAUUCAGUCUUACUGGAUUUUCUAGUAGUUGAAUAAUUUGCUUCAUUGACCUAUGCUAAGCUGUAGCAAGAGGCAGGUGAUACCAGGAGGUGUGAGCUCUAAGAGUGCUUGGAGCAAAAAGCAGAAAUGCUUGGGGCAGAUGUGCUAAUGCUGUAAAAUAAUAUCUCCUAUCUGCCUGGCUCUGGUGUACCUCACUGUGAGUGCAUCAGGUAAUGAUCUCAAGGCUGCAUUUUCCCCCUUAUUAAAAUGCACAUGUUUAGAGAGCUCUGUGGCCUGGGAAGAGUCGUCAACAGCCUGUGCAAAGGGUCUGCUGUGAUGAGUCCUCUGGUCUCUGUCCUAGCAGGUCUGAAUCCCUGAGCUGGGACGAUGAGGUGCCCAGAAGCUCUUUUCUCUGGAAAGAACAUCCGCAAAAGCACCAUGCAGGCUUCAGGUGCUCUUCAGAUGAUGUGUACCUUGUGCAUUCCCCCUUGGAUUUGAGUGCAUGAGCUGCCAGGCAGAGUUAGGAUACUGGAGGACUUUGUGCCAGAGCAGUGGGGAGAGUAAAAUAAAGCAACCGUGAUCUCACAUGUACCACCAA